AUCUGCUGUGGUCACGAGAGACGAGCGGCAGCCUGGUUGGCAGCGAGUAGCUUGCAGCAUUCGCCCGUGGUUACGAUGAGUUUACCCCUCAAUCCCAAACCUUUCCUCAAUGGACUAACAGGAAAGCCAGUUAUGGUGAAACUUAAGUGGGGAAUGGAGUACAAGGGCUACCUGGUAUCUGUAGAUGGCUACAUGAACAUGCAGCUUGCAAAUACAGAAGAAUACAUAGAUGGAGCAUUGUCUGGACAUCUGGGUGAAGUUUUAAUAAGGUGUAAUAAUGUCCUUUAUAUCAGAGGUGUGGAAGAAGAGGUAGAAGAUGGGGAAAUGAGAGAAUAGCAUAUUUUGUGGGAAAUUUUUUUUUCCUGACCCCAGCCUCUGGGAUUAUAUAUAUAUGUAUAUAUAUAUUUC